CAGCUCCUCCCUCUUACAAGGUCAUGCGACCGUAAACCAACUUCCUCGUCGCCCUCAAGAUUCUGAUUUACGCCCCGGACGGAAGGCGAUAAGCCCAGGCGACGACAAAGAUGUCGGUUGUCACAAAGAACCCUUUUGCCUACCUCGGCAACGACAGCGAUGGCGAGGAGAAGCCCGUCGUCCCUGUCAAGACUGUCGACAAGAACACCACUCGCACUACUAAGCGCAAUGUCGAGCCCCAGGCUCCCGUGAGAGCCGGUGGUGCUGGAGGCAACCGCCGAGGUCCUGGCGGCAACGAGGGUGCCUUCCGAGAUCGUGGUGCUGGCAGCGAUAGAAACCACGGCCGAUCCACUGAGGAGACCCCCCGAUCUGGCCCCCGAGGCGGUGCUGGUGCCCGCGUCCGUGGUGGCCGUGGCGCUAGACACGCCCGCGACCGCGAUGACCGACACCCUUCCCGAUCUGGUGCCCAUGGUGGCUCCGACAAGCAGGCUGCCCAGUCUUGGGGUGCCACUGAGGGUACUGCUGAGCUUAAGGACGAGCAGGCCGGUGAUGCCAUUGCCCAGACCGAGCAGAAGGAUGCUCUCGCCGAGGAUGCCGCCGCCGAGGAGGCCGCUGCUGCUGAGGAGGCCGAGAAGCAGGUCUCUUACCAAGACUACAUUGCCCAACAGGCCGAGAAGAAGGCCGCUCUCGACGCUGGCCUCAACGUCCGCACUGCCAACGAGGGCAGCAAGCUCGACAAGAAGUGGGCCAACGCCAAGCCCCUCGAGAACGAGGAGGAGGAGUACUUUGCCGGCACCGGCGGCAAGGCCCAGCGCCAGCGAGAGCGCAAGGUCAAGCAGACCAUCGACUUCGACCCCCGCUUCGUCGAGCCUGAGCGCACCCGAGGUGGCCGCGGCGGCCGUGGCGGCCGUGGAGGCCGUGGUGGUGAGCGUGGUGGCUCUGACCGUGGCCGUGGAGGCAACUUCCGCGGUGGUCGCGGUGGCCGUGAGGGUAACGCUCCCAUCAACACCAGCGACCAGUCGGCUUUCCCCAGCCUCGGCGGCAACUAGAUUGUCCAGCACUCGCAUAAGAGAGCCAACUCUGCUCUCAUAAACCCCCUUGGCAUGUCAAAUACGCACAUUGGGUCAACGUCAUGUCCACCCCUCCUUGUGUCUCACCGUGGACAAACCGAGAGGGUGAUGAUAUCCGUUGUUUGAAAGGUUGAAAAAAGUUGACCAUUGGUUCAGUGGCCGGAUGUCGUGCCUCGCUGGCUUGUCCCGCUGGGGCCCGAUACCUUGCCACCAGCUCGGCUGGCAUCCAGAAGUUUUCUCCCUCUAGGUCUUCUCAAAGGUUUUCCGUACAAAAUUCAGUUGAAAUGCGCUUCACGGUAGUGUGGUUCCGGGGAGUCUUUGAGUGAAAUAAAGUGAAAUCAGAUA